ACUACAAAGCGAAUUUUUUACCUAAAUCAAACUGGCAACGCAGAAUGUUUACAUGUGCAUUUCGUGCGAAAUAGAUUGCCAACCGCCCAAAAAUAUCCGGGAAACGGGGCGGUGGUCGUUUCACUUCAUGUUUGUGCACGGCUAGCAAAACCAGGAUAUUACUCUUUCUUCAAUACCAGAUCUUCUUUCUCGUGUAAACGGUUCCACUCUCCCGUGUAAUUGCGUAGGAUAGUCGUAGUUUGGAGUUUGGACGUAUUGGAAGACUAAUUGUGUCUUGGUCAGAUCAAAUCAAAUCUCAACGAAGUUGAAAAGACGGAAGUAAUUGAAGUUACAAAUACGCCAGAGGCAUUGGCUGCAUGCUUGCAAGGCGUUACGUCAGUAAAAACCAUGUACUUAGCCAGCAGUUGCGAGGAGAGCAGCAAUGGAUGAAGAUAUCUACAAGUUGUAAGAAGAUGGCAGAGGCUGAACAGCUGAAAUCAGAACAGCAUUUGUUAUUUAAUGGGAAGAAAUUGGUUUGCAACAAUCAGCGUUUAAAUCCAUACGUUGACGGGAUGUAUGGCGGAUAUUGGAGGCGCAUGGGAUAUCCUAGUAAACCCCGUGACCCGCUGGAAGAAUGGAAAAUGAUCGAAGUAGAACAAAAAGAAGCCAAAAUAAGAAGAAUUAAAAAUGAAGACUGCCUUGAUGGGUGGAAAGAUGUGGCCGAGAAGCUCAUUAUCUUCUAUCACAACAAUAUCCUACGGGUUUACGGUUAUGAGGAGGACGUGGCCAAUGGAUGGAGGUAUUUUGCUCUGGAACCGUACAGGGCCACUUUAUACGAAUAUUGCAAUGGCAAGUACGAUGGAGGCAUGCCAAAUGAAUCACAAGUUCUUUAUCAAAUUACCAACGGAAUCUUCUUUCUGCAUGGCCAAGGAUUUGUACAUGGCGAUUUGAAUCCAUUAAACGUCGUAAUUGCUGCCCAGUCCCGUCCUGUGCGCAUGAAAAUUUCAGAUUUUGGAUUGAGCAAAUUCAGUUAUAGCAAACAGCUGUCUGAAAUAGAAGACAUUUCCUCUAAAGUGAAACUCUGCCUGAGAAAGUAUUGGACACAGUCAGAGGAAACAGACUCCCUGGAAGGCAUCGAAGACCCCACCGAAGAUGUCAUUGCAGCUGGAUGCAUUUUGUUUUAUUAUCUAAAGCGUGGCGAACACCUUUUUGGUAAUGACUUUGAGUCAAUCUUGAUAAACCUCAAGGAAAAGAAUCCAGUCAAUUUAGAAAAUUUGGGUAAAAAUCAUUUUGCGUACGAGCCCAUCAAAAAUAUGAUUAUUCCCCCAGGAAAAGGAUUCAGUUGGUUGCACAUAGCAAAUGAGAAAUUUAAAGAAGCCCUUUCACUCCAAGUCAACACCAGCAAACUACUUGGUAGUGUAACUUUUGGACAAGUGUUCGAGGGGAAAUUUAACGGCGAUCCCGUUGCAGUCAAAACAAUGACGACGACAACAGCUGAAAAAGAAAUUAUUCAAAGAGAAAUGAAUACGCACAUAGAAUUGAAUCACGUCAACGUAGUGAAACUCUUGGACGUCGCUGAUUCGGCCAACAAUAGAUUCACGCAUCAGGUUUUGGAAUUGUGUGGCGGGACAUUGGCAGAUUAUUGCCAAAAGAAAUACAGCGGACCGGAAUUGCCACCAGACGAAUUGGUCCUUUAUCAAAUCGCCAAUGGAUUGCAUUACAUCCACUCGAGAGGUUUUGUGCAUCGCGAUAUUAAACCGGAAAACAUCCUCAUUUCAAUGACGACGCCCGUUCAGAUGAAAGUCUCUGGUUUGUCGUUUGUUAAGAAAACUCGGGACGAUAUUUUUUCGCAGAGUAAAAUCAGAGGAACUCUUCUCUGGAUGGCACCUGAGAGACUUAAAAUUUUAACUGACAAUGAAAACAUGCCAGUCGAUCUGCCAGAUGGAACAAUCAAAAGUGACACGUUUUCAUCCGGAUGUGUAUUUUUCUAUUUCCUGACGCGUGGCACACAUCCAUUUGGGAAAAAUCAAGUCUCUGCCCCUGCCAAUAUUUCGAAAAACAACCCGGAGGAACUCGACAGUUACAAGAAACAUUUGGCGGCAGACGACGUAAACGGAAGAAUCCUUGCUCGUUUGAUUGAGGAUAUGAUUCAAUUUGAAGAAAAAGAAAGAAUCGGAUUGCCUGAGGUCAUAAAACAACUAGCCGCUGUAUUGUACGGGAUGGACAAAAUCAAAUGUCAAUUGAACCUCGCUGAUGUGUCGUUUGAUAGGGAUUACAGAAUCCGUUCCCACCCCACUGAGCCGAUUCUUGCAUGUGCCAAUGAGAAAAAGUUAAUAUUUUACACUGCCGAAAAUUUGGCUAUUCCGUUUUCCAAUUGGAGACAGAAAGGCACAUGUCUACCUUUAAACUUCGGUGGAAAGAGAGUUCUGUCACUUGAGUGGAAUAUUAACGGGACACGACUAGCUGCUGGAUUUAAUGAAGGUACUGUCGUCGUAUGGAGUUACCCAGAGUGCAAAAUCCUCUUUCAAAAGAAAGCGGGAAUUUUUACUGAAAUAAAUUGGAAUCCAACCAGGCCCAACUUAUUUGCUAUUUUUCUUUGGUACAAUAGUAAAGUUUUCGUAUGUGAUUCAUCCAAUGUCGACGUGAUCACCACAAUUGACAUUGAAGGCGUUAUGACUGUGAAGUGGAUCUCUGAAAAUCGAAUCGCCGUCUCUUCUUCUGGUGGAAAGAUCGAAAUUUUUGAAAUGGAGGAAAACAAUUUGACAACAACUCGACUCGUGAAAGAAUUCACACAUGGAAUGAGUUGUCGUCAUCUGGAGUGGAAUGAAAGGACCCAAUAUUUGGCCAGUGGUGGUGAUCAGGAGAUCAAUAUUUGGUCUACACACCACGACAGGCCAAUUUAUAGCCUGAAGUUUCUUCUACAGGACGGCUGGAAAAAAUUUGCUUGGCGCUUGUGCACAGGAAAUGGGGAAGAAAAGGGCGGAAUCGAAAUGGCAAGGAAAUCAGCCAAAAACUUCGCUUUUGCUUAUGUUUCGAUGAAAGGCAUUUUUAUUUGGAAUCCUCUGGAAAGCGAACAACAGACGCGAUGUCUUUCCGAUGAUACAGACAUAGAAACGCUCGCCUUUUCAUCAGACGGUCGAUUUCUUGCAGCCGUAAGCCAUGGGACAUUAAUGAUUUGGUCAACGGAGGACUGGGUACAAAUAUACAAAAUCAACAGGUAUAUGGAAUAUGAACCAAGGAAUAGAUCAUUUUUCACCUCAAAAUCUUCAAACCUUUACGAGAAUAAACUUAUAGUCGAUUAUAUCGAAGGGACCAGCAGCUUAUUUGAAUUCGCAUUCGAAGAAAGUAACAUUUCUGAUUCGACCAUUGAAAUAUCAACAAAAACCGAUGACGAGGACGACGAUGAAGACGUGGACGCCAAUAGCGAAGACGUUAGUCCUCCAAAACGCCUAAAGGGGUCAUUCCUCUAAAUAGAAACUAGUGAAAAACAAGAUGUCCUGCAAAAGACAACCAUUUAAUAUUUUCGAAAUAAAACAUGCUUCAAUGAUA